AUGGCCUCUCGUCAGUCGCGUAGGGUUUUGCGGCCUCUCCUCUAUACUUCGCUUGCUGCUGCUACAGGAGCUGGUGUACUCUACAUUUCCUACCGCCCUCGCAAUAUCCCUGGCUCGGAAGCCCCUGCGGUUCCGCCACCGGGGUACCAUGAAGGCAAACUCGUACCCCCAAGCUUUCCCACAAUUAAAUCUCGCCUGGAACAGAUUCAAGAGCUCAAGCGCUCUUCUGGUGGAAGCAACCCUGAUGAGUAUGAUCUGCUUGUCAUUGGCGGCGGCGCCACUGGAUCGGGUAUCGCCCUUGAUGCUGCCACACGAGGGUUGAAGGUUGCCAUUGUCGAAAGAGACGACUUCAGUGCUGGAACGAGCAGCAAGAGUACAAAACUUGUCCAUGGUGGUGUUCGGUACCUGGAAAAGGCCGUCUGGGAGUUGGAUUAUAACCAAUACAAGCUGGUGAAGGAGGCCUUGAGGGAGCGAAAGUAUUUCUUGAACACUGCACCACAUCUUUCCAGCUGGCUCCCUAUCAUGGUACCGCUGCAGAAAUGGUGGCAUGCCCCUUAUUUCUGGGCGGGAACCAAAUUCUAUGACUAUCUGGCUGGGUCUGAGGGAAUUGAGAGCUCCUAUUUCCUGACUAAGAGCAAGGCUAUUGAUGCUUUUCCCAUGUUAAGAAAGGACAACUUGAUCGGUGCCAUGGUAUACUAUGAUGGUGCUCACAACGACUCUCGGAUGAAUGUUUCUCUCGCGAUGACGGCUGCGCUAUAUGGAGCUACUGUUGUCAACCACAUGCAGGUCACUGGUCUAACGAAAGACGCGUCCGGGAAACUGAACGGUGCCCGGCUCAAGGACCUAAUUCCUGGACGAGAUGGCCAGGAGGCGGAGGAGUUUACGAUUAAGGCAAAGGGCAUUAUCAAUGCAACUGGGCCCUUCACCGACUCGAUCAGAAAGAUGGACGAACCUGACGUAAAAGAGAUUGUGGCCCCGAGCUCCGGCGUCCAUGUGAUCCUCCCUGGCUACUACAGCCCUUCGGAUAUGGGCCUCAUUGACCCAUCUACAUCGGACGGCCGUGUUAUUUUCUUCCUCCCCUGGCAAGGAAACACCAUUGCCGGAACGACAGACGAGCCAACCGAGAUCACACCUCAACCACAGCCCUCUGAGAAGGAUAUCAAUUGGAUUCUCUCGGAAGUCCGUAAUUAUUUAGCCCCGGACAUCAAUAUUGAUCGAAGCGAUGUGCUCGCUGCCUGGGCCGGAAUCCGCCCUCUGGUGCGUGACCCCAAGGUGAAGAGUUCCGAGGCCCUGGUUCGCAAUCACCUCAUCUCUGUGUCUGCAUCCGGACUUUUGACCUGCGCUGGCGGCAAGUGGACUACCUACCGGCAGAUGGCUGAAGAAGCAGUAGAUGAAGCCAUCGACGUCUUCGGCAUCAAACCGCGUGGAGUGUCUGGCGCCCCAGAUAUCAGUGGAGUCGGGGGAAGCGGCCUUGUCUCUGACGGCGCAGUUCUUGACGGAUCUUGUCAAACCCACCAGGUCCGCCUGAUUGGAGCUCAUGGCUUCUCCAAAACGCUCUUCAUCAACCUUAUCCAGCAUUUCGGGCUGGAGGUAGAUGUGGCUAAGCACUUAACAGAGUCAUAUGGUGAUCGAGCCUGGCAGGUUGCGGCUUUGUCAGCCCCGACAAAUGCACGUUUCCCUGUACGAGGUCAGCGUAUUUCCACACUUUACCCAUUCAUUGACGGUGAGAUUCGCUAUGCUGUGCGCCACGAGUACGCACAGACUGCCACCGAUGUUAUUGCUCGCAGAACUCGCUUGGCAUUCCUGAAUGCUGAAGCAGCACUCGAAGCCCUUCCUAACAUUAUCGAUUUGAUGGGUGAAGAGCUGAAGUGGGAUAGGACCAGGAAAGAGACAGAAUGGAAAGAAAGCGUCCAUUUCCUUUCCUCCAUGGGUCUGCCAAAGAAUUUCCUCGACAUGACGAGGGAGGAUGUCGAGGCGGGCAAAGUGAAGCAGGUGGAUAUUGCACAAAGAAAGACCUUUUCUCGUAUUGAUCCGCCAGCAGAUGUGCUCAGUAGUGACAUUCCCACGCCAGAUACAAACCAGCUGAUACACUCCGAUUCCCCGGCAAACAAAUAG